CCCGCCGGCGGGGCAGAGCGGCCCCCGUGGGGCGCGUGACGGCGUCAUGUCGCGCGCGGGACGUCGGCCGGAACGAGAGCUCCCGAUUGGCUGACGGCCCCCCCGGCUCCUGUGACGUCAUCGGCAGGCAGAGCCUCAAGCUCCGCCCCUCGCCCUGCCCUGAUUGGCCGCCGCCCCUUCCAACAUGGCCGACCCCAUCAUGGACCUCUUCGACGACCCCAACCUCUUCGCCCUCGACCCAUUGGCCGAUGACGCCUUCGGCCCCGCCCCGCCGCCCCCUCCGCAGCCAAUGGCAGACGAGGCUUUGGCCACGCCCCCUCCUCCUAUUGGCCCGCCGCCGGAGGACCCUUUGGCCCCGCCCCCUGACCCCCCGGAGCAGGAGCUGAUUGGUCAGCUCAACCCUUUCAUGGGCGUCACGGGGGCGGCCAUGACGGCGCCGCCAUCUUGCCCCAACCCCCCUAAGCUCCUCCUCCUGAAGCCCCACGUGGCUGGCCACGCCCCCUCCGACGUCACAAGCCCCGCCCCCGACGUCACCGGCCCCGCCCCUUCCUCCACCAAUGGGGCGAAGGUGACCUUGGCCAAGGUCUUGGCUGGGGCCGCCCCAUUGAGACCCGGCAUCUCCAUUGUGACCAAUGCGGCGGCGGCGGCGGGGGGGGGAAGCCCAGGGGGCGGGGCUUCGGUGGCCACGCCCCCUCCUGCCGUGCACCGAUUGGUCCAGGCGGCCCGGCCCGUCAAGCAAUUGGUGCUGCAGCCUGUGAAGGCGGGAGGGAGCGGCGGGAAAGGGGGAGGAGCCACGGCGGCGGCGGCGGCCAAUCAGGGCGAAUCCAAGCGCAUCACCUUGGUCCUCCAACAACCUCCUGGUGGCACCGUGCCCCCCGGCCAACGCCACGUGGUGCUGGGCAGCUUGCCCGGCAAGAUCGUCCUCCAGGGCAACCAACUGACCACCCUGGGGCAAGCCAAAGGGAGCCCAGGUCAACCAGCCAAGGUGGUCACCAUCCAGCUCCAGGUCCAACAACCUCCUGGCGGUGGCCAAGCGGGGCCCCCCCAGAAGAUCCAGGUGCUCCAACCUGCCGCCGGUGGCCAAGGGACGCCGGUGACCGUGUCCUCAGUGCCCCAGGUGGUGGCAGGAGCUGGCCAGAGGGUGACGGUGCCGCUGAAGGUGGUGCUGCAGCCCCAGGCCACGGCGUCGCCGGGCGCCUCGGGGGGCCUGUCGGUGGUGAAGGUGCUGAGCAGCGCCGAAUUGUCCUCCUUGCCGGCGGCCGGCCGAGCUCCUUCGGAGGAGAGCCGCAAGCUGGAGCACCAGAAGAAGCAGGAGAAGGCCAACCGCAUCGUGGCCGAGGCCAUCGCCAGAGCACGGGCUCGGGGGGAGCAGAACAUCCCCCGGGUCCUCAACGAGGACGAGUUGCCCCACGUCAGGCCAGAAGAAGACACGGAGCGCAAGCGGCGCCGCAGAGGAGAACGUGGUGGUGCUGGUGGUGGUGCUGGUGGCACCAAAGAGGAGAGACCAAGGAAAGGGAAGGGGCAAAGUGGGGCGAAGAGCAAAGGGAGGAGCAAACCCAGCACCAUCACGCCGGUGGUGGGGAAGAAGCGGAAGCGGAAUGCCUCCUCGGACACCUCCGAUGCCGAGGUCCUGCCCGCCCCGUCCCCGCGCCAGGAGGAGGAGCCCAGCGUCCAGAAGCGCCGUUCCAACCGGCAGGUGAAGCGCAAGAAGUACACCGAGGACCUGGACAUCAAGAUCACGGAUGAUGAAGAAGAUGAAGAACUCGACGUCACCGGCCCCAUGAGACCGGAGCAACCACCGGUGCCACCAGCAGCAGCUCCAGAACCCGAAGGAGAAACGUUGCCCUCCAUGCAGUUCUUUGUGGAGAACCCAAGCGAGGAGGACGCGGCCAUUGUGGACAAGGUGUUGUCCAUGAGGGUGGUCAAGAAGGAGCUUCCAUCCGGCCAGUUGGUGGAGUCCGAAGAGUUCUUCGUCAAGUACAAGAACUACUCCUAUCUCCAUUGCGAAUGGGCCACCAUUGACCAACUGGAGAAGGACAAGAGGAUCCACCAGAAGCUCAAGCGCUUCAAGACCAAGAUGACCCAGAUGCGCCACUUCUUCCAUGAGGAUGAAGAACCUUUCAACCCCGACUACGUGGAGGUGGAUCGCAUCUUGGACGAGUCGCACAGCGUGGACAAGGACAACGGGGAGCCCGUGGUCUAUUACUUGGUGAAGUGGUGCUCUCUGCCCUAUGAGGACAGCACGUGGGAGCUCCAGGAGGACGUGGAUGAAGGCAAGAUCGGGGAGUUCAAACGCAUCCAGGCCCGGAACCCGGAGCUCAAGCGGCUGCCCCGUCCUCAGGCCGGCUCGUGGCAGAAGCUGGAGUUGUCCCACGAGUACAAGAACCACAACCAGCUGCGGGAGUAUCAACUGGAAGGGGUCAACUGGCUCCUCUUCAACUGGUACAACCGGCAAAACUGCAUCUUGGCCGAUGAGAUGGGCUUGGGGAAGACCAUCCAGUCCAUCGCCUUCCUCCAAGAGGUCUACAAAGGGGGCAUCCAUGGACCUUUCUUGGUCAUCGCCCCCUUGUCCACCAUCACCAACUGGGAGCGGGAGUUCAACACGUGGACGGAGAUGAACACCAUCGUCUACCACGGCAGCUUGGCCUCCAGGCAGAUGAUCCAGCAGUACGAGAUGUACUGCAAGGACCCCAGGGGCCGCCUCAUCCCCGGCGCCUACAAGUUCGACGCGCUCAUCACCACGUUUGAGAUGAUCCUGUCCGACUGCCCGGAGCUGCGCGAGAUCGAGUGGCGCUGCGUCAUCAUCGACGAGGCCCAUCGCCUCAAGAACCGCAACUGCAAGCUCCUCGACAGCCUCAAGCACAUGGACCUGGAACACAAGGUGCUGCUGACGGGGACCCCUCUGCAGAACACGGUGGAGGAGCUCUUCAGCCUCUUGCACUUCUUGGAACCUUCCCAGUUCCCUUCGGAAGCCGAAUUCCUCAAGGACUUUGGAGACCUGAAGACCGAGGAGCAGGUCCAGAAGCUUCAGGCCAUCUUGAAGCCCAUGAUGUUACGGCGCUUGAAGGAGGACGUGGAGAAGAACCUGGCGCCCAAGCAGGAGACCAUCAUCGAGGUGGAGUUGACCAACAUCCAGAAGAAGUAUUACAGGGCCAUCUUGGAGAAGAACUUCUCCUUCUUGGCCAAAGGAGCUGGCCACACCAACAUGCCCAACCUGCUCAACACCAUGAUGGAGCUGCGCAAGUGUUGUAACCAUCCCUAUCUCAUCAAUGGUGCCGAGGAGAAGAUCUUGGCCGAGUUCCGCGACUCGUGUCACCACCACGUGCCCGUGGACUUCCACCUCCAAGCCAUGGUCCGCUCGGCCGGCAAGUUGGUCCUCAUCGACAAGCUCCUGCCCAAGCUCAAAGCCGGGGGCCACAAGGUCCUCAUCUUCUCCCAGAUGGUCCGGUGCCUCGAUAUCUUGGAGGACUACCUCAUCCAGAAGAGGUACCUGUACGAGCGGCUGGACGGGCGCGUGCGCGGCAACCUGCGGCAGGCGGCCAUCGACCGCUUCAGCCGGCAGGACUCGGACCGCUUCGUCUUCCUGCUGUGCACCCGCGCCGGCGGGCUCGGCAUCAACCUCACCGCCGCCGACACCUGCAUCAUCUUCGACUCCGACUGGAACCCCCAGAACGACCUGCAGGCCCAAGCGAGGUGCCACCGCAUCGGGCAGUCGAAGGCGGUGAAGGUCUAUCGCCUCAUCACCAGGAACUCCUACGAGAGGGAGAUGUUCGACAAGGCCAGCCUCAAGCUGGGCUUGGACAAGGCCGUGCUGCAGAGCAUGAGCGGCAGAGAGGGCAACAUCGCCGGGCAGAUCCAACAGUUCUCCAAGAAGGAGAUCGAGGAUCUUCUGCGCAAAGGGGCUUAUGCCGCCAUCAUGGAGGAGGAUGACGAAGGCUCCAAGUUCUGUGAAGAAGACAUCGACCAGAUCCUGCUGCGCCGAACCACCACCAUCACCAUCGAGAGCGAAGGCAAAGGGUCCACCUUCGCCAAGGCGAGCUUCGUGGCCUCGGAGAACCGCACGGACAUCGCUUUGGAUGACCCCAACUUCUGGCAGAAGUGGGCCAAGAAAGCGGACCUGGACCUGGAUCUUCUCAAUAGCAAGAACAACCUGGUCAUCGACACGCCGCGGGUCCGGAAGCAGACGAGACACUUCAGCACCCUCCGAGACGACGACCUGGUGGAGUUCUCCGACCUGGACAGCGAAGAUGAGGAGAAACCAAGGGCCAGGAGACACGAGAGGCACCAGCAGCACAACCUGCAGCAGGUCUAUGGGCGAACCGACUGCUUCCGCGUGGAGAAACAUCUCCUGGUCUAUGGGUGGGGCCGGUGGAAGGAGAUCUUGUCCCAUGGGCGCUUCAAGCGGCGCCUGCUGGAGCGGGACGUGGAGACCAUCUGCCGCGCCAUCCUGGUCUAUUGUCUUCUCCAUUACCGCGGCGACGAGACCAUCAAGAGCUUCAUCUGGGACCUCAUCAGCCCCUUGGAGAACGGCAAGACCAAGGAGCUCCAGAACCAUUCAGGUCUCUCCAUCCCGGUUCCUCGCGGGCGCAAAGGGAAGAAGGUGAAGGUCCAAAGCUCUUUAGAUGUCCACCAAGCCGAAUGGAUCCGUAAGUACAACCCGGAGAACCUCUUCCAAGACGAGAGCUACAAGAAGCACCUCAAGCAUCAAUGCAACAAGGUUCUGCUGAGGGUCCGCAUGCUCUAUUACCUGCGCCAGGAGGUCAUCGGUGACCAAGCCGAGAAGGUCCUGGCUGGUGCCGCCGCCAGCGACAUCGACAUCUGGUUCCCGCUGGUGGAGCAGCUGGAGGUGCCAACAACGUGGUGGGACGCCGAAGCCGACAAGUCCCUCCUCAUCGGGGUCUUCAAACACGGCUAUGAGAAGUACAACACGAUGCGGGCGGACCCCGCGCUCUGCUUCCUGGAGAAGGCCGGUGGCCCCGACGAGAAGGCCGUGGCGGCCGAGCAGCGCUUGGACAUCGCAGACGGGGUGGACUUUGAGGACCCCGAGUACAAACCCCUGCUGGGGCCAAGCAAGGAGGUGGAUGAUGAGACGGACCCACUGAUGAUGUUGGACGAGGAGAUCUCGGUGGUGGAUGGAGAUGAAGGCGCCCCCCCCGCAGGCGCGGCGGCGUGGCCGGCGGGCGCGGUGCUGACGGCGCGGCUCCGGCGCCUGGUGGCCGCCUUCCAGCGCUGCCAGCAGCGGCAGCGCGAGCAGCGCGAGCAGCGCGAGCAGCGCGAGCGCCGCCGCCGCCGCUCCGAGGCCACCUGCAGGCUCAAGGAGAUGGCGCGGAGGGAGAAGCAGCAGAGGUGGACCCGUCGGGAACAAGCGGAUUUCUACCGGGUGGCCUCAAGUUUUGGGGUGGAAUUUGACCCGGACGUGGGGCGCUUCCGAUGGGGCAAGUUCCGCCUCUUGGCCAGGUUGGAGAAGAAGAGCGACGAGAACCUCACCAAGUUCUUCCACGGCUUCGUGGCCAUGUGCAGGCAGGUUUGCCGCCUGCCACCGGCGCCUGGAGAUGAGCCGGCGGACCCGUCGGUGGCCGUGGCGCCGGUGUCGCCGGCUCGCGCCGCGCGGGGCCUGCGCCGCCUGUCCUUGCUGCGCCUGCUGCGCGAGCAGGUCCUGCGCCACCCGCUGCUCCUCAGCCGCUUGGCCGCGUGCCCCCCCCCCGGCCCGGACCUGCCGCCCUGGUGGCAACGGGGCCACCACGACGGAGAGCUGCUGCGCGGCGCCGCUCGCCACGGCUUGGCCCAUCCCGAGACGUCCAUCUUGGCCGAUCCCGACUUCUCCUUCUGGAGGUAUCUCCGGGCGGUUGGAGAUGGAGGCGUCCAGCCUCAAGGCUUCUCCUCCAAGGGGCGUCCCAGCGCCGAGGAGGAGGAGGUGGACUCGGAGAAGAUGUCGGCCUCGGAGUCGUCGGCCGGGGAGGAGGACAGCGAGGAGGAGAGGGGUGCGGAGGCCCCGUGUGGGGCAGAGGAGGACGAGGACGAGGAGGACGAGGACGAGGAAGAGGACGAGGAGGAGGAAGAGGAGGAGGACGAGGAGUGUCCCCCCCCCUCGGGGGAAGGGGGGUCCCCGGGGCCCCGGCCCCCCCCCCCGGGGCCUCGGCCCUUCCCGCCGCCGGCCCCUCCCCCGGCCCCACGGCACCUCCACGAGUGGCCCAAGGACCGCGCGCUGAUCCGGCGCCUGGACCUCGUGUGCCGCGCGGUGCUGUCGGGCGAGUGGCCGAGCGAGGACAACCCGGGGCCCCCCCAGGUCCCUCCGACCCCUCAACCCCCCUUGGACCCCCCCAUGUUCCCACCACGGCCCCGCCACGAGGAGAAGGAGUUCACCGUCCAGAUCAAAGACGAGGAAGGGUUGAAACUGACGUUCCAAAAGCACCGCUUGGUGCCCAACGGGGUGACGCGGGACCCGGCCCCCCCGAAGAAGAACAGUAAGAAGAUGGUGGAGCUGGAGCUGCGCUGCCUCGAGGGUCUCCGCGCCGCCGGCGCCGCCGGCGCCCCCAUGGACAAGCACCACCACCACCACCACCACCACCCCCCCCCCACCGCCGGCCCCCCGACUUCGACCCCCGCUUCCUUCCGCCUUUCCUCCCCACCCCCCCUCCAGGUUUGGACCUCUCCAAGAUGGUGGCGCUGAUGGGGGGGGGCCCCCCCCAUUUUCGGCCCCCCCUGCCCCACACGGACGCAGAAGAGGAAGAGGAAGGAGGGGGGGGAGGGGCGCCCUUCCCCCUCCUCGCCGACCCCAUGCUCCCCCCCACAUCCGACUCUGAUUAAAAAGGGGGGGGGGGGGGAGGGGGAGGGGGAAGGGUUAAGCCCCGCCCCCCCACCCUUUAGCCCCGCCCCCUUUUUGGCCACACCCCCCCCUCCUCCCCCCUUUAAAUAUUUAUAUAAAUAUGUAAGAUGUGUCAUAAUUAAUUAAAGAAAACCCCAAUUAAUGAGAACGGGGAGGGGAGGGGGGGGAGGGGUUUAAAGGGGAGGGGGCGGGGCUUAAAGGGGGGGCGGGGCUUAAAAGGGGGCGGGGCUUAAAGGGGGGCGGGGCUUGUUUGGAGGCGGGUUUUCUAAUAAAAGGAGGUGAAACGGA